GUCGGUCUCCGUGCAUCCCGGUCCGGUGUCUCUCUCCUCCCCACCGCUUCAUCCCUGAAUCCCGGGUUAGCAGGCUCGGUUGUAGCUGUCUGGAUCCACCGGAACCUGAACGCAACACCGGUGAUGGAGGGAUGAGAGGACGCUGAGGGACAAAGUGUGACACCAACAACCAGCCGGAUAACCAGGACUAGAAACCCUUGGUGUAAAAAAAUCAGGAACUGAAGACAGGAGUCAUUGUUUACCGCUGUUGGACGAUGCAUCCUGUGUAGCCGAGACCUUUUGAACGUUUCUGGUCCAGUUUUGUCUCCACCAUGUCUUUGAGUAAGACCCUCGAGCUGGAGCACUUCGACGAACGCGACAAAGUUCGCCGAGGAAGAUCCACCCGAACCAAAAGAGAUGAUACAACAUCUGGAAGAGGAGGAGGGUCCGGUCCAAAUUCCCGGGCCAGCAGUUUGGUCCCGAGUCCGGCCCACAGCGCUAAUUGUAGCUACUACAGAACCAGGACCCUGCAGACGCUAACCUCGGAGAAACGGGCCAAAAAAGUCCGGUUUUAUCGCAACGGAGAUCGGUACUUCAAGGGUUUGGUGUACGCGGUGUCCAGCGAUCGGUUCAGGUCCUUCGAUGCGCUGCUGAUGGAGCUAACGCGCUCAUUGGCGGAUAAUUUGCAUCUUCCACAAGGGGUUCGUUCGAUCUACACGAUAGAUGGCGGGAAGAAGAUCACCAGCAUGGACGAACUGAUGGAAGGCGAGUGCUACGUGUGUGCCUCCAACGAGCCGUACCGUAAAGUGGACUACACCAAGAUCUCCGUCCAGAGCUGGAAACCGGGCGUUGCCACCGGCCCCUCCUCCUCUUCCGCCGCCUCUUCCUCUCGACCCUCCUCUGUGUCCGCGGGGGUCUCAACGGGCGGCGCCGGCCCCUCCAGGGACCGUCCGGAUGUCCGUGAGAGCCGAGAGAGCCGAGAGAGCAAAGACUUCAUCAAACCCAAGCUGGUGACGGUGAUCCGGAGCGGAGUGAAGCCUCGUAAGGCCGUGAGGAUCCUCCUGAACAAGAAGACGGCGCACAGCUUCAAUCAGGUCCUCGCUGACAUCACAGAGGCCAUCAAACUGGACUCUGGCACCGUGAAGAGGCUCUACACGCUGGACGGGAAGCAGCUGACCUGUCUGCAGGAUUUCUUCGGGGACGACGAUGUGUUCAUGGCCUGCGGGCCGGAGAAGUUUCGUUACGCUCAGGACGACUUUGUGCUCACACACUGCAUCAAAACACCAGCCUUUGUAAACGAGUGCAAAACAAAGGUGUCUCGUCCCCCUGUCCCUCCAAAAACUACAACUCCCAAGACCCCUAGCAGUUCAGGCUUCUCCCCUAAGACCCCCCCCCAGAGGAGGCCUCCCAGGGCCAAGUCUCCAGGCUCAGCCAAUGAGACGUCAGGUGGGCGGUCCUCCAGAACAAGCCCCUCCCCCACAAGCCCUGGAGCCCGACGCAGCCUCAAGGUCUCGCCUCGUCGUUCUUCCUCCACAGACAUUAACGGAGAAUCUGAGCAGCCUGAAGACAACACUUUGGAAGUGAACGGUAAUCGCUCCGUUUCCUCCUCCGUCAUCAAUGACAAGUACAAAGUGGGGAAAGUGAUCGGAGACGGAAACUUCGCCGUGGUGAAGGAGUGUGUCGAGAGGGCGACGGGACAGGAGUACGCUCUGAAGAUCAUUGAUAAAGCUCGCUGCUGUGGGAAGGAGCACCUGAUAGAAAACGAGGUGUCGGUGUUGCGGCGAGUUCGCCAUCCGAGCAUCAUUGAGUUAAUCGAGGUGGACGAAACGCCGAGUCAGCUGUUCCUCGUCAUGGAGCUCGUUAAGGGCGGGGAUCUGUUCGACGCCAUCACUUCCUCCACUAAGUACAGCGAGAGGGAUUCCAGUGCGAUGGUGUUUAAUCUCUCAGGAGCCGUGAAGUACCUGCACCGCAUGAACAUCGUGCACCGAGACAUCAAGCCAGAGAACCUGCUGGUGUGUGAGUACCCAGACGGCACUAAGUCUCUGAAGCUCGGGGACUUCGGGUUAGCGACGGUUCUGGAGGGGCCGCUCUUCACGGUGUGCGGGACGCCAACGUACGUCGCUCCAGAGAUCAUCGCAGAGACCGGUUAUGGUCUGAAGGUGGAUAUCUGGGCGGCGGGGGUCAUCACCUACAUCCUGCUGUGUGGAUUCCCUCCUUUCAGAAGUGAGAACAACGUGCAGGAGGAGUUGUUUGAUCAGAUCCUCCGAGGGAAGCUGGAGUUUCCGUCUCCGGACUGGGACGACAUCAGCCUCCCAGCCAAGAUGCUGAUUAGUCAGAUGCUGCAGGUGAACGUUGACACUCGAUUCACCGCAGAGGAAGUCCUCUCUCACCCCUGGGUGACGGAUGAUCCUCACACUGUGAGCAGCGCUGAAGAACAAGCCAGUGGAGACGCUCUGGAACCACUGGAACCAGAGCAGGAAUCCGCCGCACUGGAAACCAAACAGGUCCCCUCCCCUCUGGUCUGAAAACACACCACAUCUCAUUGACUGGAAACCACAGGAAACACUACUUGUUGGGUCGACUGGAAACCCAAAAGAUUCCCACUUCUGAUCAAGACUCGUCCAGGAAACCAGAGGAUUUCCAACAAUUUGGUGUAGAAAUCGUCCCGUUUUGGAAAAUAAAGGAGUUUUAUAUUCUGGAAGACUCACAAGUCCAUCAUCAGUCUAGGAUAGGACCAGUUUACCCCAACUGGAAACCCAAUGAUUGCUCUUCAAUCUGAACUAGAACAAGUCCCUGAUUCUACUGGAAACCAUAAAAGAUUCCCACUUCUGGUCAAGACUCGUCCAGGAAACCAGAGGAUUUCCAACUAAUCUGGUUUAGAAAUCGUCCCUUUUUCGAAACUAAAGGAGUUUUAUAUUCUGGAAAGGACCAGUUUACCCUCAAUGGAAACCCAAUGAUUGCUAUUCAAUCUGAACUAGAACAAGUCCCUGUUUUCUCUCUACUUGAAACCCAAAAAGAUUCCCAGUUCUGGUUAAGACUAGUCCAGGAAAGCAAAGGAUUUCCAAAAACAAUCUUGUCCUGUUUUGGAAACUAAAUAAGUGUUUCUUCUGGAGCCCAAACAAGCCCACGACCACCUGUCUAUGAUAUGUCUUUUUAACUCCACUGGGAAACCCAAUGACUUCUCUUGAAUCUGAACUAGAAACCCCCAAAUCAUCCCCAUUUCUAGUUAUGAAUGUUCCAGAAAACCAGAGAAAUGUAAACAAAAGGUCUACAACUUGUCCCAUCACCCUUAAAUCUGAACUAGAACAUCUUCCCGUUUCUUAUACUGGGAAACAUAUUCCAACAUUCUUCAAUACAUUUAAUAAAGAGCAAGUUUCCCCAAUUCUGCUGUUGUAAUCCAUCCGGUUUUAGGUUCAUGGAAACCAAUCGAAUUCCUGAACCCUCCAUGAUUUUGGUCAGGAAAAAUUCCCGUUUCAUUUCCUGGACACUGAGCACAUUUGGUCGAGAGCUCAUUCUCUUCAUUCACCUUUAACCAAACUCAAGUAUCUCUAAAGACGUUCCACUAUCAACAGGUUUCUUCACCUCUCGUCUAGGACGCAUAUCGUUUGCUCAACUGGAAACAAAACCAAGGUCUCAGUUGCUAUUUCUAGUUCAUCUUGUGGAAACUGCCUCUGGUGUAGACUCUCUUUUAAUCUACAGAAGACUUUCACGAGUCCCGUCUCUGCUGCUGUACUGGAAAGUAUUUAUUUGAAUCACUUCUCUAUCAAGGAAUAGGGGCCUAUUUUCUUCUGUCUGAACACUAACGGGUACUUGAAGGAUAACUCCAUAUUAACUUUUGGACACCAUGAAGGUGCUUUUGGACACUUCCUGUUUCAAUACCCAGUGUCUCUUGGGACUGGACCCAUUUCUUGAAAAAAUGGCCCUUACCUCUGGGAUAUGAACCACUGAUUCACUGACAAACGUUCCCUAUGGUUUAGGGAUCACAUUCCCAGUAUGACCAGGAUGUCUUCCAUUUGUUCUGGGAAACGUCCCAUUUAUCCUGCCUUUACCCGAGGAGAUAUCUGAGUACUGUGCCUGUUUACGCUGCUGAUCAACUCCUAUAAAUCUCCUAGAUCUCAGCCCUUACCUUCCAUAAGUUCCACCUUUCAGACCCUAGCAUUCGUCAUUGGUUGUAUAGACAGAUAAGGCCCAUUGUUUUUAUGGAUUUUUCAUAAUUUUGCUGUCUUUUGAAAAGGUAAACCAUUGGUUUAAUGGGAUAGUUUUGGGAUUUUUGCCACUUGUAAAGAGUUAUAUAGGAAAAUAUCAGCCAAAAGACUAAAGAAGACUAUUUCCAAAGCUCCGGAAAUGUCUAAGGGUCACUAAUUAUUGCUUUUAGGUUCAUUGGUUUAAUGAAAAGACUAAAAGGCGUACACAAAUUGGCAAAUUGGCAGUUUUUCCCCCCAAAAAGGCCCACAUUUUAACCCAAAAACAGGUUUUUACAGACAAAUGUACACUUGGUUUAUGGUUGUAAAGAUUGUUCCAAAAACUGAUAUUUAAAGGAUGACAUUUGGGGGAAAUAACAGAAAAAACCCUAAAAAUAAUGAGCCUCAUCUACAUAGACUCCACUCUUAUCACCUGUCCUCGUACUGUAACUCAGAUUAAUGAGUGACUUCUAAACCUCACACUUUAAAAAAAAAAAAAAAUCACGGACCUUUUAAAGGUUUUUAGCUGCAGUCUGACGGCUCGCCCCUCCUGCAGCGAGGGGGGGAUAACACAUGUUGUAAAUACUGUAAAUAUCUCUGUCUGUUGGUGUCUGUCUGUGUGAGUCCGUGUUGAAGUAGGGAAACAGUAGCAGUUCUGAAAACAAAAAAUACUACAAUGAAAAUAAACUUAUAAACGUGUGUCAGCAACCUGAAGAAAGCCUUGUUUUUACCCUAAAGAAACUCACAUUUAUAGCGUUUUAAAAUGUACAUAUCGGAUGUUAUUUAAGUACAUUCACUUGAGUAGUAGAAUGAGAUACUUCUACUACAUUUCAGGGAGAAAUAUUGUACUUUUUGCUCCAUUACAUGUUCUGGACAGCUUUAUUUCAGUAGAAAUUAAAGUAGAAAUCCUAAUAAAACAAAAGAAAUCUACCUACCAAACUAUGAAGAACAUUUCCGAAUGAAUUUUAAUUGAUUAAAUAUUAAUCAGUGUGUGUUUAGGUAUUUUUCUGCCAAAUAUUUACUGAUAUCAGCUUUAAAAAAGUGACAAUUUGCUGCUUUUCUUUGUCUUAAAUGACAGAAACCUAAAUAAAUUUGAAGUUUUGAGUAUUUGACAAUAGUAUAUAUAUGAAAUGACAUAACAGCAUAUCAUUAAAUAUACUAUAUUAACUCACAGGGAACAAUUUACUGCUUUAAGUACUUACACUUCAUAAAUACACUUACUUCCUAAACUAACACCAUCAAUGGAGCAAAUUAACUUGAAAUGGAGUCUUUUUUAUUAUUUCUAUUAGUACUUUUACUGUUGUAAGAGUGUCUGAAUACUCGACAUGUGGAAAAAGUACUUUAUCUCCUAAUUUAAAUUAAAAAAAAACAAGGUUUCUGAGGGACGCUGACCAGCCGUGAUGAAAGAGUUCUUACCUGUGAAGUCCAUCUCGUAGCAACCGUUGCCCGGCAACAAAGGAAUGUUAUGGCGUUAUGGGAUGGAUCUCUUUCCUUAUAUGGUCACAAUGUCAAUCAUCCAUCCACACAUCCGUCAUGCUGUCUGUUGGAGAGAAAGGUGUGUGUGUGUGUGUGUGUGUAAAUAAGUGUGUGAAUGAAUGAACUUGUAUGAGUUUGAAUGUUACUUCUGCAUCAAAGACUUUUUUUGGGAUAAAUGCGUCCACUUGAUGCAGUGCUGUGACCUUACCGUAACCUUUGACCUUAGCACGACCUUUCCAUGGCCUUGACCUUAUGGCCACAGCCGCUGAUUAAGAGUUUUCAAAGGAAUUCUGUCACUCAAAUCCACAAAAUAUAACAAAUCUUUAAAAAAACAAAACUAAGAUUAGUAUCACAAAUUGUAUUUUUUUCGGUCAAAUUGUUAUCAAAAAAGUUCAAAUUAAUGCAUUUAAAUACGUAUUAAACACAGAAUCACAGAAGGGAGUGUUAUACUUAUGAUAUAUAAUAAUGAGAUUAUUUUUGGGACGCUAGCGAGGUAAACAGUCAAAAUUCAAACACAUUGUAGGUCAAGUGAUAAGGGGGCGGGACAUCUCUAAGCGGUUGACCAAUCACAACAGAGCACUGGGCUUGUGUAUAUAUAUAUAUAUAUAUAUAUAUGAUUACUUUGAAUUAAAAAAAACACUUAAUGUUCCAAAAUAUUCCGGUAAAGCUCUGUUAAUCAGCGGCUCGGCCUCCACCUUCUUGCCUGUGAUGAACCCUUUAGUCUUAAUUAAUUUCUCUUUGCUUUAAACCAAACCAUGAGGAGCCUUCUGUUGAUGCACUGCAACACCCGGGUCGACACACAGCUGAAAUAUCUGUUCUGCACUUCUAAAAAUAUGUUUUAGAGAAGAUAGAAGUGGCAGUAAUACUAAAAACAUGUCCAAAUGUUUUUAAACUGGCUUUGGACAUAUAUUUUGGUUGAUUUCUGGCAAAAAAAAAUUGUAAAAACAUCACUUUACGUCAAUUAAAUACUGCUAAAUAUGCAAGUAACUGUUCCUUUUCUUACAUGCAGGGUUUGUAUCCAAGUGUUUCCAAAAUCCCUUUAAAAAAUGUUUAUUAAACUACCUAACGAUGGUAAUUGAACGCACCAUGCAAACCUUUUUCCUGUUACGUGCUGCAUUCAAGUCCCAUACAAAUUAUUAUGCAUAUCUUUAGUGACAUUUUUGUUUAUUAUCCAGGUUGCAAUGAGUCUGGGUAAUCAGAAUUUACUGUAUUAAUUAACAUUCAAUUCUAUGUUGACAAAAGUAAAGAAAAAACGUCCGAAGAUAUUUCCUAUUACCUUUCCUGGUACUUGAAUGCAGCUUUAAUUUACAGGUAACGUGCAUUAAUUAAUCAUUUCAGAGACAAUACAUUUAUUGCCAUUGUCUUUUAAGCAUGAACUUGAAUUAUUGGGUGUAUUUCAGGGUGUUUUGACCCGGGGGGGGGCUGCAGUUAUUUGGUCCUUUGUGUGUUUUUAUCAAAUGCAGAAUGUGUGUGUGUGUGUGCGAUCAUUUCACAUCAUGCCUCAUUUUAGACGAGAACUGAUUUUUUAAAUUAAUUGCAGUAGACGAGAUAGGAUUUCAAACCUAAACGGGGCUGGUUUUCCUAAAGGGAUUCUCAAUAUGAUCAAAAUAUAAUAAAAUGUGAACUUUUAAAGACUGAAGUUUUGCUGCUUUAAAAAGUGUUAUUUAAUCUGGAAAAUGAAGCAAAGAUGCUCUGAGUAUUUUAACAUUUAAAUUGAGUGUUUCUUGUGAGAUAUUUUUAGGAAAACUAGUCCCGUGUUUCAGUGGAAGGAGAUGUUUUAACGAUGAUGUGUAACGUGUGUUGAUAUGAAACGUGUGUUUGUGGGAUCAGGGUGACGGCAUUCACAGAAAAUAAAAACCCUGAUGUGGAGAAACGAUGAAUUCAACUGUGAAAAUAAAAACUGGUGCAGAGGCAUCAUGUUAUCCUGAA